AUAAAUAAAUUAGAAACAUGAGCAAAAGAUGAAAAACCCAGAAUCCAGCCGCCUCCUUAUACUCACUUCCCACUUAACAGCUCACAAACCAGCCUCCAUCAUGGCUUCCGAGAAAGAGGCUGCUCUCUCUGCUGUUCCAUCUGACUCUCCCACCAUAUUCGACAAGAUAAUCAACAAGGAAAUUCCGGCUUACGUUGUAUACGAGGAUGACAAGGUUCUAGCUUUUAGGGACAUAAGUCCCCAGGCGCCCACUCACAUUCUUAUCAUCCCUAAAGUGAAGGAUGGCUUGACUGGAAUUUCUAAGGCUGAGGAGAAGCAUUGUGAGAUUCUUGGCCUGCUGCUUUACACUGCAAAGCUCGUUGCUAAACAAGAAGGCCUUGAGACAGGCUUCAGGCUCGUGAUUAACGAUGGGCCUGAUGGAUGCCAAUCCGUCUAUCACCUUCACAUACACCUCCUCGGAGGACGCCAAAUGAACUGGCCACCUGGUUAAACUGGAGUUGCAAUGUAAUUUCUGGUCAUCCAUGCGUGGGUUGAUAUAUAAAAAUAAAAUUUAUUAAGGUAGCCUGUCUUGUACUGGAGGGGCUUCAAACCUUUAACCUAUCCCAACCAUGGAUGAUGUGAAUUUACCGUCUAAUAUCUGGGUUUGUCUUUCACCAUCACGAUCUGGCUAUUAUUGUUACAAUGAUUACCUUUGUGGCUUACUUGAGUUACCAAGGAUUCUUUGGAUAUUUUGAAUGGCCUGGUUUCUACUGAGAUCAUGCAAUGAAUGAAAGCAUCGUUUUAGUAA